AUGACUAAACCAGGUGAAAUUGAUGAGAGUCUAUACUCUCGUCAAUUGUACGUUCUUGGCAAGGAAGCCAUGCUAAAAAUGCAGCAUUCAACUGUGCUCAUUAUUGGGCUCAAAGGAUUAGGGGUUGAGAUUGCGAAAAAUAUCGCCCUGGCAGGUGUCAAGUCGCUAACUCUACAUGACCCAGAACCUGUUCAGCUACAGGAUCUGUCUACACAAUUUUUUCUAUCUGAAAACGACGUCGGCAAACCGAGAGAUGUGGUUUCUCAGGUGAAAUUAGCCGAACUGAAUUCCUAUGUCCCGGUGGAUGUGCUCAGCUCACUAGAAAACCAAGAGCAACUUCUGGGAUACCAGGUUGUAGUUGCUACUGAUACGCUAUCGUUAGAUCGCAAGAUAGAGCUGAACAACCUGUGCCAUGCAAACGGUAUUAUGUUCAUUGCUACUGAAACCAGAGGUUUGUUUGGCAGCGUCUUUACAGAUUUUGGUGACGAGUUCACCGUCAUUGACCCUACAGGUGAAGAGCCUCUGUCCGGAAUAGUGUCAGACAUCGAGCCUGAUGGAACAGUUACCAUGCUGGACGAUAAUAGACACAACCUGGAAGAUGGAAACUAUGUCAAGUUUUCCGAGAUUGAGGGUCUGGAAAAGCUCAACGAUGGCUCAGUUUACAAGGUAGAGGUCCUGGGACCCUUUGCAUUCAGAAUUGGUUCGGUGAAGGAGUUGGGAACUUAUGAAAAGGGCGGUGUCUUCACCCAAGUCAAGAUGCCGUUGAAGCUCUCUUUUAAAACGUUACAGCAAUCACUUCCUGACCCAGAGCAUUUGUUUUGCGAUUAUGCCAAAUUUGACAGGGCUGGUCAAUUACAUCUUGGAUUUCAGGCCCUACAUCAAUUUCAAUUGAGACAUCAGGGACAAUUCCCAAGGACAUUACACCAGGAAGAUGCUAAAGAGUUGGUAAAGCUUGCCGAAGAUUUGGCUGCUCAGCAGCCUUUAGUAUUAGGUGAAGGAAACUCCGUGAAUGAAAAGCUUUUGACAGAACUCUCGUACCAAGCAAGAGGUGACAUUCCAGGUGUCGUCGCGUUUUUUGGUGGACUUGUAGCCCAAGAAACUUUGAAGGCAUGUUCAGGGAAGUUCACACCUUUAAAACAGUACAUGUACUUUGACUCCUUAGAGGCCUUGCCGGAUGCCGAGAAGUUUCCUAGAACAGAGGAAACUACGCGUCCAAUAAAUUCCCGUUAUGAUCCUCAAAUUGCGAUUUUUGGUCUAGAUUUCCAGAGAUUAGUUGCAAACUCUAAGGUUUUCUUGGUUGGUUCUGGGGCGAUUGGUUGUGAAAUGCUAAAAAAUUGGGCUUUGUUGGGUUUAGGAUCAGGACCAAAUGGUAAGAUCUACAUUACCGAUAAUGAUUCUAUUGAAAAAUCAAACCUAAAUCGUCAGUUCCUUUUCCGCCCAAAAGAUGUUGGUAGAAACAAGUCCGAAGUCGCGUCUGAAGCAGUUUCUGCCAUGAAUCCUGACUUAAAGGGGAAAAUUCAUUGGAUGACGGACAAAGUUGGCCCCGAGACUGAGGACCUAUUCGGUGAUGAAUUUUGGAAUGGCCUGGACUUUGUCACAAAUGCAUUAGACAAUGUUGACGCGCGUACCUAUGUUGAUCGCCGCUGUGUAUUUUACAGAAAAGCCCUGUUAGAAUCUGGAACCCUCGGAACUAAGGGGAAUACUCAGGUCGUAAUUCCUAAUGUAACAGAGUCGUAUUCCUCUUCUAGAGAUCCACCAGAGAAAUCAAUUCCGCUGUGCACACUACGUUCAUUCCCUAACAAAAUUGACCAUACGAUUGCCUGGGCUAAAUCCCUUUUCCAAGCGUACUUCACGGAGGCGCCUGAAAAUGUCAACCUCUACUUAACUCAACCCAACUUUGUGGAACAAACCUUGAAGCAAGCUGGGGAUGUCAAAGGAAUCUUGGAAUCCAUUUCCGAUUCACUGAUAAACAGACCCUACAACUUUGAGGACUGUAUCAAGUGGGCACGUCUGGAAUUCGAGAAGAAAUUCAACCACGAAAUUCAGCAACUUCUCUAUAAUUUCCCCAAGGAUGCGAAGACGUCGAACGGCGCUCCAUUUUGGUCAGGUCCCAAGCGCGCCCCCGAACCUCAAGUUUUUGAUCUUGAAAACCCUGAUCACUUUCACUUCAUAGUUGCAGGAGCCAACUUGCGAGCAUAUAACUACGGUUUAACGGGUGACGAAGGUGAGCCGGAUGUGCAUUACUAUCAAACUACCUUAUCUGAAAUGGAUAUCCCGUCAUUUUCCCCUAGAUCUGAUGUAAAAAUACAAGCCAGUGACGAGGAACCUGAUCCGAACGCCAAUAACGAUGUUGGUGGUGACGCAUUGGAAGCCCUUGCAGCAACUCUCCCCGAACAGUCGUCACUUGCUGGCUUCAAACUGGUGCCUGUUGAAUUUGAGAAGGACGACGAUACCAACCAUCAUAUAGAGUUUAUUGCUGCUGCCUCUAACGACAGAGCUUUGAACUACUCUAUUGAGACUGCAGACAGGCAGAAGACGAAGUUCAUUGCUGGUCGGAUUAUUCCAGCUAUUGCCACGACUACAGGUUUAGUGACAGGUCUAGUCAACCUGGAGCUCUACAAGGUCGUCGCAGGGAAUACUGACAUCGAAGCUUAUUGUAAUGGUUUCAUUAAUAUGGCGCUACCGUUUUUUGGCUUUUCAGACCCCAUUGCUUCGCCCCAAGGCAAAUAUAACGAUAAAAGUUAUGAUAAAAUAUGGGACAGGUUUGAUCUCAAAGGCAAUGUAACCCUCAAAGAGAUUAUUGACCACUUUGAUGAAAAGGAGGACCUUGAAAUAACAAUGUUGUCUUAUGGAGUGUCGUUACUUUAUGCCUCAUUUUUCCCACCAAAGAAGCUGAAAGAAAGAUUAUCUCUUCCCAUCACUGAGGUGGUCAAGUUGGUCACUAAAACUGAGGUCCCUGGCCACGUGAAGACCAUGAUCUUAGAAAUAUGCGCGGACGACAAGGCAGGCGAAGACGUCGAAGUCCCAUACAUAACUAUUCAUUUGUAG